AUGGGAAGGCCACGCAUCAAGUUGCACAAUUUGUGCAUUGGUCAUGCCAAGCCUCGUGUUCGAGCCUCUUCUUCAUUUUCUGUCAAAUAUGAAAAUAGAACUGAGUUUUCAAGCAAUGGAAGCUAUGACUAUGGCAGAGAAGAUGCUGAAAAAGGGGCUGAAACUGGCAAUAAGAUCAUGGUGGUUGUGGAUUCUAGCUUUGAAUCUAAAGGGGCUCUUGAAUGGGCACUCUCACACACUGUUCAGAGCCAGGACACUGUUGUUCUUGUUCAUGUAGCCAGGUCCACCAGAAAAGGUGCAGAGUCUGAUGGGAAGUUUAAUCUGAAGGCUUAUCAACUUCUCUUCGAUAUGAAAAGCAUGUGCGAAAAGAAGAGACCAGGGGUGCUAGUGAAUGUAGUAAUGCUUGAAGGAGAGGAUAAUAAGGGUGCUGCUAUAGUGCAAGAGGCAAAGCAACAGAUGGUGUCACUGUUGGUUGUGGGACAAAAAAAGCGAUCCAUAUUGUGGCGCUUAAUGAGAAGGUGGUCACGAAAGAGAACCAAUGCUGGUGUUGUUGAAUAUUGUAUUCAGAACUCGCCUUGCAUGACCAUUGCAGUGAGGAGGAAGAAUAAGAAAAUUGGAGGGUAUUUGAUUACUACCAAACGCCAUAAAAAGUUUUGGCUUUUGGCUUAAUAGCACUAUUAAUAAAAUGAUACUUGUUCUUUGUACUCCCUAAAAUAAUGAUACUUUGCUCUGGUGAGUCCCCAACUUGAAUGCGUCAAGGUGCGGGUGAAAUUAACUUGAUGCUCGUGAAAAUCAUUGUACACCUACACCAUGGUGAAACAAGAGAUGAAUCAAUUGCUUUUUAUUAUCCUUUACUCUUUGUUCUUAAUCAAAACCAAUAGGGAAGUGACUCAAACAAUGUACAAU